CUCCGCACUGCUGUUACUGUGGUCUCCAGCGCCUUCUCUGUCCUGGUAGGUUUCGGCUCAGGAUCCUGAAUUCUGGCUCACAGACAAGCUGGUGGGACGUGCGGGGGAGUAAUUGUGUGGGGAGCCGCGGGAAGGAGGAAGAAGCACAUCUCUCCUCCGUGGCCUUUAGCUCUGAGCAUCCGGCCUCGGGCCCUGACUGCCGCUCGGUUUGGGGCGCAGGGCGGGUCGUGCCCUGGCGGAGGAGCAGAAGGCGGAGGGUAACAGCGGCGGCUCAGGGGAGUUCUAUCAGGGGAGAGACUUGUUGCAUUUGGAGCUAAAACCGGGCCCUGCUUGUCCUUGUGCAAAAUGGCAACUCUUAAGGAAAAACUCAUUGCACCAGUUGCGGAAGAAGAGACAACAGUCCCAAACAAUAAGAUCACUGUAGUGGGUGUUGGACAAGUUGGUAUGGCGUGUGCUAUCAGCAUUCUGGGAAAGUCUCUGGCUGAUGAACUUGCUCUGGUGGAUGUUUUGGAAGAUAAGCUUAAAGGAGAAAUGAUGGAUCUGCAGCAUGGGAGUUUAUUUCUUCAGACGCCUAAAAUUGUGGCAGAUAAAGAUUAUUCUGUGACUGCCAAUUCUAAGAUUGUAGUGGUAACUGCAGGAGUCCGUCAGCAAGAAGGGGAGAGUCGGCUCAAUCUGGUGCAGAGAAAUGUUAAUGUCUUCAAAUUCAUUAUUCCUCAGAUCGUUAAGUACAGUCCUGAUUGCAUCAUAAUUGUGGUUUCCAACCCAGUGGACAUUCUUACAUAUGUUACCUGGAAACUAAGUGGAUUACCCAAACACCGCGUGAUUGGAAGUGGAUGUAAUCUGGAUUCUGCUAGAUUUCGCUACCUUAUGGCUGAAAAACUUGGCAUUCAUCCCAGCAGCUGCCAUGGAUGGAUUUUGGGGGAACAUGGCGACUCAAGUGUGGCUGUGUGGAGUGGCGUGAAUGUGGCAGGUGUUUCUCUCCAGGAAUUGAAUCCAGAAAUGGGAACUGACAAUGAUAGUGAAAAUUGGAAGGAAGUGCAUAAGAUGGUGGUUGAAAGUGCCUAUGAAGUCAUCAAGCUAAAAGGAUAUACCAACUGGGCUAUUGGAUUAAGUGUGGCUGACCUUAUUGAAUCCAUGUUGAAAAAUCUAUCCAGGAUUCAUCCUGUGUCAACAAUGGUAAAGGUAAGACAAACUACUACAAAAUAUAAUAAUAUGAUUUCUAGCAUUGUAUUCUAUAAAAAGAUUCAUUUAAAGAGGCCCAGACUGGAUAAAACCAUAGUUCACAGUUAUUUCUGUCUCUCAAGGUUUUAUGUAAGCUAUUCUCAUUUUCCAACAGAAGUCUUGGACAACAAGGGCAGAAAACUUACAGAAUCUAAGACUUUCAAUAGAUUGUUGUCAUUCUUUAUAUAAUUAAUAUUAACUCUG